CUUAUAUUUAUUUAUUUUUGUUAGAGAGAGAAACUGGAACAAUUUCUAGAGAGAGAAAAGAUAUUUUUGUUUUCUGCCUUCUUUCUCAAUGCCAUUUUAUAACAUGACAUAUAUAUAUGUUAGGGUUUCUUCUUCUUUCUUCUGUUUCUGUUUCUUGGUUUUUUCUGGAUCUUACACCAUAACGUCUUCGCUAAGUUUCCUCGAUUUCUAGGGUUUUUCUUCUCUUUCUUCAACAGAGCAGAUCAGGUUUGAUUUUGCUUCUGUUUGGUGGUGGAUGAAAAGAUUUGCUUUGGAGUGAAAAGUUUUUCAUUUCGGUGAUAAAUUGAAGUUUGGUAAGGGGAACUGCUUAAAGCUUGCUUGGGAGUCGGAAGUAAAUUUAUUUCUCCUUUGUUUGGGAAAAGGGAUUUUGCAGUUGAAGUUUUUGUAUUGUGUAUUGUGAUGAGUACACGAACUUCAUGGGCAGAUUUGGCUGCAAAUUCUGCAGCUGAGAACACAACGGCGGGUUCUUCUGCUAACAAUGCAAGUGUAGGCACUACUUCAGCAGCUCCUGCCCGAUCCACCUACGUUCCUCCACACCUCCGUAAUCGUGUGCCCUCCUCAGACCCACCAGCUCCGCCUUAUAGUGGGCCUGCAUCGAGUAAUGAUCGUCAGGGGUAUGGUGGACCUGCAUCGAGUAAUGAUCGUCAGGGGUAUGGUGGAUCCCGUUGGGGGCCUCCCAGAAAUGACUAUCGGUCUGGGUAUGGUGGUGGUGGUGGUAGAACCGGCGGUUGGGGCAACAGAAGUGGUGGCUGGGAUCGUGGGAGAGAGAGGGAAGUUAACCCAUUCGGUGAUGAUGAUGAUACAGAGCAGGCAUUUUCUGAGCAAGAGAAUACUGGUAUUAACUUUGAUGCAUACGAGGAUAUUCCAGUUGAGACAAGUGGGGAAAAUGUCCCUCCACCUGUAAAUACCUUUGCAGAGAUUGACUUGGGUGAAGCAUUAAAUCAGAACAUCCACAGGUGCAAAUAUGUGAAACCAACUCCUGUGCAACGGCAUGCAAUCCCAAUAUCUCUUGCAGGCCGGGAUCUGAUGGCAUGUGCCCAAACUGGUUCUGGCAAGACUGCCGCAUUCUGUUUCCCAAUUAUUAGUGGAAUUAUGAAAAUGCAAGGGCAGAGUGCACAGAGGCCACUGCGUGGUGCACGUACAGUGUACCCUCUAGCUCUUAUUCUUUCUCCAACCAGGGAGCUUUCAAUGCAGAUACAUGAGGAAGCAAGGAAAUUCUCUUAUCAAACAGGUGUUAAGGUAGUCGUUGCUUAUGGAGGAGCACCAAUUAAUCAACAGCUACGGGAACUGGAGAGAGGUGUUGAUAUUCUUGUAGCAACUCCGGGAAGACUAGUAGAUUUAUUGGAGAGAGCUAGAGUUUCAUUACAGAUGGUCAAGUAUUUGGCCCUAGAUGAGGCGGAUAGGAUGUUGGAUAUGGGUUUUGAGCCACAAAUAAGAAAAAUUGUGGAACAAAAUGAUAUGCCUCUACCAGGUGCAAGACAGACGAUGUUGUUCAGUGCUACCUUUCCAAAAGAGAUACAGAGGCUAGCUUCUGAUUUCUUGUUUAAUUAUGUCUUUUUGGCUGUUGGACGAGUGGGCUCAAGUACAGAUUUGAUUGUCCAAAGAGUUGAAUUUGUUCAUGAGUCUGACAAAAGAAGUCACCUUAUGGACCUUCUUCAUGCACAGAGGGCAAAUGGUGUUCAGGGCAAGCAAGCUUUAACAUUAGUUUUUGUGGAGACAAAGAAGGGUGCUGAUUCACUUGAACAUUGGUUGUACGUUAACGGGUUCCCUUCUACUAGCAUACAUGGUGAUAGGACACAACAGGAAAGAGAACAGGCAUUGCGUUCAUUUAGAAGUGGUAACACCCCAAUCUUGGUAGCAACUGAUGUUGCAGCACGUGGACUUGAUAUCCCACAUGUCGCACAUGUGGUCAACUUUGAUCUCCCAAAUGAUAUUGAUGAUUAUGUCCAUCGUAUUGGACGAACAGGGCGAGCAGGGAAAACUGGCCUUGCUACUGCCUUCUUCAAUGAGGGCAAUGCAUCAUUGGCAAGGUCCUUAGCUGAUUUAAUGCAAGAAUCAAAUCAAGAAGUACCUGCUUGGCUCUCUCGUUAUGCAGUUCGCUCUUCUUAUGGAGGGAGGAACCGUCGUUCUGGAGGAGGCAGAUUUGGUGGCCGUGACUUUCGAAGGGACUCUUCAUUCAGUAGGGGCAGUUCAGAUUAUUAUAGUGGAGCAAACAGCAGCGGUGGAUAUGGGGCUUCUGGCGGAUAUGGAGGAUAUGGUUCAGGGAUGACCAGUGCAUGGGAUUAAUGGCAGAACACCUUAAACAGCUUACAGUACUUGGUGCCUAGUGGUUGUGGACUGUCGUUGCUAUACUGGUGGGAGUUUAUUUUUUUUUUUUCUUUUUUUUUUUUCUCCCUUUUUGUUGUGUCCUUUAGUUAGUGUUUCUAGCCAUCUCUGUUAUUAUACUCUGAAGUGGUUAUCGUUGAAGAGGGGAAUGCAAGUUCGGGAUGGGGCUGCAGGAAUAGAGGUGUAUAAUGUUUUUAGGUUUUGGUGAAAAAGUUCUAACAAAGUAGGAAUUUCUCAGUUUCUUUUUUCUUUUUCUCUUUAAUGCAACUUUGUUGGGUGAUGAUGGGUUGUAGAAUAUGUAGUGGGAGAGGCAUAGGUAUCCGUGUUAAUCUCUUAGGCAUGUUCUUUUCAACCCUGCUUUGUAGGGGAAUAUAUUGUUACAGCAUCUGGUCCUGCCAUUUCUGGUUUAUUUUCUUCCCCUUUGAAAGGAACUCUUUAAGGCCUUUGCAAUAUUUCGGUGUUCACUGAAAUAAAAUACAAAGCGAUCUUGGAAAAAGAAUGUUUUGUUGAGAAAAA